GUUGUUAUAUUAACAAAUAAGAGACAAUAAGAUAAUUCGUUACACCGAAUUUCGAAGCAACGUCUGAAUUAAAAAGAUUUCAGUGUGAUCAUGUCGUUGGAUUUGUAUUACAUGCCCAUAAGUUCACCUUGCAGGGCAGUCCUCCUGGCUGCGGAAGCCAUCGGUAUCUCGUUAAAUUUGAAGGAAAUCGAUAUAUUUGCAAAUGAACAUUUGAAACCGGAAUAUGAACAAUUAAAUCCGCAGAAAACUGUUCCAUUUCUCGUAGACGGUGAUUAUAAACUGACGGAAAGUCGAGCUAUUAUGUCGUACUUAGCCGAUCAAUAUGGUAAAAAUGUUCGCCUGUAUCCACAAACACCAGUUGGCCGAGCUUUAGUCAAUCAUAGAUUACAUUUUGAUAUCGGUACUCUGUACAGAGGCAUGAAGGAUUAUUACUAUCCAGUCGCGUUUGGAAAGACAAAGGAUUAUAAUCCUGAAUGUUAUAAAGUACUCGAAGGCGCGUUUGACGUUCUGAAUAAAUUUCUGGAUGGACAAGAUUAUGCCGCUGGACGCAAUUUAACUAUCGCUGAUCUCGCUUUAGCUGCCACUGUAUCGACAGCAGAGAUUUUCGGUUUCGAAGUGGAAAGAUAUACUAAUGUUGGUAAAUGGAUGAACAGGAUAAAAUCACUCGCACCGGGUUAUCGUAAAGCUAAUGGCGAAGGAUUAGAAAUAUUAAAAAAAUUGAUUGAAGAUUUUAAAAAGGACUAACGUAUAUAAAUAUUUAUAUAUUAAUUUGUAUAGA